UUCCGCCGCGCGGCAAGCAUUACCGCGCCCUGUAUGCAGGAGCCAUUACGUAUACGCAAAAAUUUCAAGCCCUAAUUUAUUGCACCAGUUCAGCAGCACUAAAAAGAACGCACACUUUGAGUUCAAUGGCGAACACUUGCCAACUAUUUGGUAAAAGAGUCAAAGCGCAGGUCUGCAACCAUUAAAGAGAAAGAUUUGCCAACAAUAGAAGAAAGUGCGCAUUUAUUCUUUGAACGGUUUUAAAAUUGUAAUCGAAAACAAUGAAUGGAAUCACAUCUUCACAAGAAUCUAUGUUGUUUGACGAAGAAACUUUCAGUGAAAUACAGACUGAUCUCAGAGAUACUGCCUACAGUAAUUUACUCAUGUUAGAAGACAAAGAUCUGUUCGAAAUGACUCUGAAACGUGGCAUUUCUGAGGAAAAAUUGGGAGAGUUUUUAAACGGAAGGAAAAGGAUAAAAAAAGAAGAAACCGAACAGAUGUUAAUUUCCUCAACUGAGAUAACGCAACAAUGUGAUGAUACCUUUGCUGGAAAUUUAAAUUUCCAAUAUAGUUUUGCUGACAAUGGUACUGGACAAGAUUGGGCGUACUCUCAAAUCCUGGAUAAACUCUUUAUCAAAAUGGAGAAAGUCUUGCCUUUGAGAUUUAUAUGGGAGCCACCGAUGGAAGGCUUGUUCUUGCGCACUGCCAUCAUGUUCAAGUUAGAACAAUUUAGAAAUGAUCCUGUCAGAAGAUGUUAUAACCACAUGGCUGAUUCACAUAGCUUUAAUCAAAACAUAGAUGAUCAGAAAAAAAAACAUGUGGUUCAUUGCGUUAAUCAUUCUGCGUCCAUUUAUAUAGAGAAAAAUGAACAUCUCUCUAUUUUAACUCCGCUUCGCACACACGAGCCAGGCUCAUCUUAUAUGCCAAUGUGCUAUAAGUUUCUUUGCAAGAAUAGCUGCCCUUCCGGUAUGAAUCGAAGACCAACAGAACUUGUGUUUACUCUAGAAAAUGACAAAGGUGUAAUUUUGGGCCGUCGCAAAUUAUUAAUUAGAAUAUGUAGUUGUCCUAAGCGAGAUAAGCAAAAAGAAGAAACUGAAUUAUUAUCUGACAAUCUUGGUAACAAUCAAGUGACCAAACGAAAAUCGACAAAGCAUCCUUUACACUCUGGUAAAAAGAUGCCGUCGUUGUGCGACCAGCAUGUCUAUAAAGUUCAAAUAAAUAUUGUGGGCAAAGAAAAUUAUUUAGCUGUACUUAAAUAUGCUUAUGACAUAAUGGCUGGUCAGGCAGUGAAAACAGGCCAGUAUGAACUUUUCAAACCAUACAUGGAUGAUAUACUCCAUAAUACACCUUAAUAUGUUAACCUAAUAUGUUAUGCAUGUUUUUUCUCAUUUUAUUCUUUUUAUGAAUUUGUAAUUAAAUUUUAAGUAUUAAGUAAGGAGAGCUUUUUAUACUUUUAUAACUUGUUCAAGUUGAUGAUCCAACUUAUAUGUUUUAACCAUUUUUAGCUAAAGUAAAAACUUUUAUGUCUUAUAAGUGAUAUACGUAGAUCGAUAUUUAUAGUUGGAUCUUAUAUUUAAGACCAUCUUAAGUUUAUCUUUAAAUGCUGUACAGAUUAUUUCAUUGACUAUAGAGUAUUUGAAGAUAACUUGAAGAAACUUAAUACAAUCUUAAAUAUAAGAUCUAACUAUGAAUACUGUCCUUAAAUUCUAUUUUUUUACUGCAUGUAUUGUUUUAAAUAUAUAUGUAUAAUAGUAUGUGAAUUGAUACUCUUGCAUGAGAAAAGAUAUUGAAUAAAAAAAUUAAUAAAAAGAUAAAUUCAAAAAUUGUAUUAGUAUUGACUAUCAUAUUGACGCAUUAUAAAUAAAUUCUGUACUGAUUUUGUCAUAUUAUUCAAUAACUUCUCUCUCAAUAGAUCAAGGCGUUUAUUUCUAAGUAAAAUCGAUUGCAAUGUUACACAUUAUGGUAUACUAUUUCUCAUUUUCAUGAUAGAUUUCAUAAGUAUCAAUCAAUAUGAUGCUAUAGAGCUCUUGUUGGUUAUGUCACUUGUUAAUCUAUAGUAUCAUAUCAACAAGAAAUAAAUAAAUUCAUGUUACAUUUUCUCACAAUAGAUUCUUAUUGAGUACUUCAAUACAUAUUUUAUUCACAAAGAUGAUUUUAACUGAUGGCUUGACUAGAAAGUUUUUUUUUUCAGAUUUUUACUACUUGUUUAAGUUAAUGACUCAAUUUAUAAGUUUUAACCGUUUUUGCGUUAACAUAAAAACUCGUAUUUUAGAAAUAUCGUAGUUCUCUAUUUUAUUAUAGUUUGCAUGUUUCUUUUAUUAAUAGUGUGUGAAUUGAUACUCCUGCACAAGAGAAGAUAAAAUAAAAAAUUGUAUUGAUAUUAAAUCGUUUAUCAAUGCUAAAUUUUGUGUCAGUUUUGUCAUAUUAUUCAAUAACUUCUCUCUUGAUAGAACAAUAGGUUUGAGUAAAACCGAUCGCAACAUUAUACAUUAGAUUUUAUAAGUACCAGUCAAUGUGAUACUAUAGAGCCCUUAUUGAUUACGUCACUUGUUAAUCUAUAGUAUUAUAUUUCUUAACAAAAAAUAAAUGAUGUUUCAUGAUA